AUGGCUAACAGCUACAACAUGAAGGAAUUCAGCUCGACGGCAGUCAUUACAGAAAAUGGAGUCUACCCAUCUACUAUUUCAAUCAACACAAUUAACACAAAGUGUAAAGAAAGGGAAAUAGAAAAUGCUUACGACCCUUUUCAAAACAGAAAACUGGAACACCCUAAUUCAGACGUCAGAUCGUUUGCAAAUCUCCUCAAAUCGUCGUUGGGAUCAGGUAUUCUUGCAAUGCCGGCUGCAUUCAAAAACGCCGGGACAAUCGUUGGUAUAUUUGGCACAAUCAUCUUAGGAUAUAUUUGUACACAUUGCGUAUAUUUAUUGGUAAAAACAUCGCAAAAUGUCUCUAGAGUGUCAAAAGUACCAUCUUUAGGAUAUGCCGAGACAGUGGAAGCAGUGUUUGCCACGGGACCACAAGCUUUACGAAAAUAUUCAAAAUUUACUAGGAUAUUUAUAGACUGGGCGAUGGCUUUCACAAUUCUUGGCGCCUGCGCUGUGUAUGUCAUCCUACUAGUGGAAUCUGUACAGCAGAUCGUUGACCACUUUGCAACGGACAAUAAGCUGAACACAACUAUGUACUGUCUAAUAUUUCUAGUACCAAUUUUAAUUUUUACACAAAUCAAAAACCUGAAAUAUAUCGCACCGUUUUCUGGAUUCGCCAACAUUUUAUUGGUACUAACGUUUCUAAUAUGUUUAUAUUAUAUAUGCUCCGAUUUUCCUAGUUUUGAUUCACAACCGAUGUCGGUACCAGUUGGCAGGCUACCGCUGUUUAUUGGUACAGUUAUAUUUGCAAUGGAAGGGAUUGGGGUAGUGUUACCAGUGGAGAACACAAUGGCUAAACCACAACAUUUUCUGGGUUGCCCUGGAGUUUUGAACAUUACAAUGAGUAUAGUGGUGGGACUAUACAUGGUUAUGGGCAUUUUAGGAUAUUUGCGCUACGGAGACAACGCGCAGGGCAGCAUCACGCUGAACUUGCCAACUGAAGAAAUACCAGCGCUAAUGGCUAAAGUUUUUAUAAUUCUGGCAAUUUUCUUCACAUAUGUUUUACAAUUCUACGUACCCAUGGAGAUAGUUUGGCGAAAUACGAAACAACAUGUGGCUCAGAAAUACCACAACCUCGCCCAAGCAAUUAUGAGAGCUUUAUUUGCUAUUUUAACGGUGAUAGCAGCAGCAUCGUUACCGAGACUGGAGCAAGUAAUCGGACUAGAGGGCGCGUUCUUCUAUUCAUUUCUUGGUUUAGUCGCUCCAUCUUUGAUAGAUCUCAUAUUUUGCUGGGAAAGAGGCCUCGGCAAAUAUAACUAUAUUCUUAUCAAAGAUUCUUUACUAGCCGUAUUCGGGGCUUUCGUACUGGUGAGUGGAGUUACGCAAAGUGUUAAAGAAAUUAUUGCGACUAAU